UAAACUUCCAGUAACAACUGAAUCAUUAGCCACUUUCAAUCCAGUAUGCAAAUCAGGCAGAGUGUCUUCUCUUGGGCUGUUUUCAUUAUAUCCUGACUCAUUCCUCAGAACAUGGUCAAGACAUAUCUUUUAAGAACAAUACCCAUUCUACAGAAUGAGCCCAGUGUUAAGAUUGCCGGACACAUGAUCUCGAGGGUCCCUUGAGGGCAGAUGAUUAGCUCUUAUUGAAUUAUUGGCUUUCAAUACCAUGUAUCAUGGUAUCUUCUGGAAUAACUGCAAAAUCCAGUGCUUUCCAAAUACCUGCUGUUGUUGGCAAUGAGUUGGAUGAAGAAUUUAAACUGAAUCUUUGAAAGAUAGAUACAUCUACUGACACAAAUGGCACCAGAGAACGCAUGACACUAUCUGAUCAGCUGGAAAAAUAUUACCUUACCACCUUGUACUCUCUUGAAUUCAUCUUUGGUUUCUCUGGAAACGUUGUUGUUGGUUUGAGUUCACUUUUCUACUGGAAGACCUGGAAAAGUGGCAACAUCUACCUGAUCAACUUAAUCCUGUCAGAUUUAUCUUUCCUUUGCACGCUCCCAUGGCUAGUGUCAAGUUAUUCCAAAGGAACAGAUGACAACAUGUGGUGCCAAUUUAACAGAAUUAUCCUGUACUUUAAUUUGUACACAAGCAUCCUUUUCCUGACCUUUAUAAGUAUUGACAGGUAUCUGCUCAUAAAGUAUCCCUUCAAAAAUCACUUUCUGCAGAAGAAGACCACGGCUAUUGUUUUCUCAGUAGCCAUAUGGAUUUGGAUUAUAUUGGAACUGUCUCCUAUAUACUACUUCAUCACCUCUCAGAAUAACAGCAAUGGUAGCCAAUGUUUAGAUUAUGCAAGUUCAGGAGAUGCCCUCCCCAGCCUGAUCUACAGCCUGAUCUUGACAGUCACUGGGUUUAUAAUCCCAUUGUGCAUCAUGUGGGCUUUUUACAUAAAGACUCGUGCUGUCCUUAUAAACCGCAGUUUGCAGUUCACCACUGCUCUACCCCUGGAGAAGCCUCUCAUGCUAAUCAUUACAGCAGUGAGUGUCUUUUCACUUCUCUUUGCUCCCUAUCACAUCAUGCGCAAUGUUCGAAUUGCUUCUCGAGCAUCAUUCUGGAAGCCUUCCAAACGCACAGAGGACCUGAUUAAAGCUGUUUACACAAUAACAAGGCCUAUUGCCUUCUUGAAUAGUGUAAUUAAUCCCUUCUUUUAUUUCUUAAUGGGAGAUCACUUCAGGGAGAUGCUCGUGAUCAAUGUAAGGUAUUUCUUAAAAAGAAUUCUACCUUGCUAUAAAUGAAGUUUCAGUGAAGCCUUUGGACAGAUAUGGAACAAGUCAAAUUGCUAGUUUAUGGGAUACAAGAUACAAUUUUUCCUAAGAAUUUGACAAUUGUCCAAGAACUUGUACUCAAGUAGAUUCUAAAUGUGGACAUCAAAUCCUGUUGUUUUCUUUAAGCAUUUCAUCCAAGCUUGAAGAACUAUGGCACAUGUUUGGAUCUUGUUAGGUGGAUAAAAACCCAAACAGUACCUGAAGCUGAAAGUGACUUUUAUCAGUUUUGUGUGAUGGAUCAGCAAUUUCCUUUUUCAGAAUGGCUUGCACUUGAAUUCCAUUCAAGCUGGACUAUUGUGGUAUGUUGUAUUGCAUGUGGGCUGCCUCUGAAAAGACAGUUAAACUCGUGUAUAAUAUGACUUCCAGAGUUAACUAGAAUGGUGACGUUUUAAAAUUUUCCUUACCCAAGGAGAUUGUACAGGCAAUUUCUUUGAAUUCCUGCAUUGGAGAAAGAACUAAUCCAAUUACUUCUCAAGGAACACCAGCCCAACUACUAAAAUAUCCCAGUUGGCUAAGUUCUCAUAAGAUGCUUUAGGCUGGGAUUUAACAGAACCAUAAGUGGACAUUGCUGAUUGGUAAAGAGAGGUUUGUAUGAUGAAAACCAGGAUACCCAUUUCAAGUAUUUUAAAUUAUAAAUGCAAGAAUAUUAUACUUUGGGAGCAAUUCUUCAAUUCUUUGAAAAAAGAGAGAACUAAAACAAUUUCUCUUUCAUCUAAUUCAGUGGUUCUCAACCUGUGGGUCGGGACCCCAUUUGGGGUCGAACUACCAUUUCAUGGGGGUCGCCAAACAACGCAGUCCGCCAUUUUUUUCCCCUUUUCCUUAGCUG